AUGGCUCAAGAAACAGAUUCUCUGUCACUACCAGAACAUCUACAAAAUGUUCAUAAUAUGAACAAUGAAAUAUCUAAGCAAACAGAUUCAUUACAUUUUAAAAUAGAACCUCUAGAUUAUGCAGAAGAAGACGAAAAUGGUGCUGAAAAUUGUUCACAAGAUGAAUCAGAAACAUAUAUUAGAGACCACCAAAUAAUCAAAGAAGAACAUGCUGUUGAAUACUAUUCUGAUGCCAAAGUUUCUGACAAUUCCGAAUCUCACAACUGUGAGACUUGCGGUAAGCCUUUUACCUCCUCCUCCAAAUUAAAAGUUCACAUGAGCACCCACAGACGAAAUAAAUCCUUCACGUGCACGUACUGCCAAAAAGUGUUCAAGCGAGCAGACGCUCUAGCUGUACAUAUCAGAAUACACACCGGUGAAAAGCCUUAUUCCUGUGAAAUAUGCUCCCGUGCAUUCUCCAGCACCAGCAACCUAAUAAAACACCGACUUGUCCACACUGGUGAGAAAAGAUUUGAAUGUGAAUUAUGCCAAAAAUCCUUUACUCGAAUGAAUAACUUAAAACAACACAUGAUUACUCAUUCUGGUGAACGUCCCUUUCAAUGUAGCAUAUGUCCAAAGACCUUUACCAAACAGGGACAUGUUUCUCAACACAUGAUUUCACACACCGGACAACGGUCUCAUAAAUGUGAAAUAUGUGGUAAAAUGUUUGUGCGUUCAGAAUCGUUAAAGAAUCAUUCUAACAUACACACCGGAGAGAUGCCGUUUGAAUGUGAAAUUUGCAAUAAGGCUUUCAGGCUUGCGACUAACUUAAAAAAACACAUGGCCAUUCAUAGUUCAGAGAAGCCUUAUAAGUGUGAUCGAUGUGAUAAGGCUUUUACGAGAAUGGAAGGUUUAAAGACCCAUAUGCAUCAUCAUUUAGAGCAAAAACAUUUUAAAUGUGUAAUAUGCGAAAGGGAGUUUAGUUUGGAGAAGUAUUUAAAGAAACACAUGAAAAUUCAUAUCGGGGAUAGGAAUUUUAAGUGUGAUGUUUGUGAUAGGGCUUUUGCACGACCGGACAAUUUAAAACAACACAUGAAGAGACACUUUACAGAUUUUGAAUGUGAGGUUUGUUUAAUGAGGUUUACAUCGUCAAAUAUGUUUACCAGGCAUAAAAAAACACAUAGUGAUGUAAAGAUUUUGUAUAAAGAUGAGAAAUAG